GUUUUGAACCACCGUCAAAUUUAAUUUCGAGUUUAGAAAAGGAGCGUGUGCAUAGAGCACUUCAAUAUAACUUUCAAUAAGUUUAAUUUUUUACCGUGUAAAUAUCGUUGUUUUUGCAUUUCAACAAAUAGUUUGCUUAAAGGUAGCUGUGUAUGCGCCACAAUCCACAACAAAAAAUAGUGAUAGACAAUUAAAAUGGCCGAUUUUAUCGACUCCGAGGCGGAAGAAAGUGAGCAAGAAGAAGACUUGGAACAUGAGCGGAAAAAGCUGAAAAAGAUUAAAGCUAUGAGUGACAGUGAAGAAGAAGAGGAAGAUGACGAUGAAAGACUUCGCGAAGAAUUAAAAGAUUUGAUUGACGAUAAUCCGAUUGAAGAAGAUGAUAGCGCCGGUGAAGAUUCGGAUGCUUCCGGCGAACAUGUCAAACGAAAAAAAAGUGACGACGAAGAUGAAUUAGACGACCGAUUAGAAGAUGAAGAUUAUGAUCUUAUAGAGGAAAAUUUGGGCGUCAAGGUAGAAAGGAAAAGAUUCAAGCGUCUCAAGAAAAUAACCGACGAAGGAAGCGACGAAGAACUUGUUGACGAAGGCCUGAACCGAGAAGUGAUUGCAGAGCAGCUCUUUGACUUGUCUGGCGAUGAGGAAGAUGAGCAUCAUACUAAAAAUGAAGGUCAACGGGAAACGAGAGCUGCCGAUGUCGAAAACUUCGACGAAGAAGAUGAUGAUGAAUCUGACGCUGAUGAUUUCAUUGUUGACGAUGAUGGUGUACCGAUUAGUGACAAAAGAAAGAAAAAGAAACACAUAUUCACCGAUGCAUCACUACAAGAAGGUCAGGAUAUAUUCGGGGUUGAUUUCGAUUACGACGAAUUUGACAAAAUUGAUGAUGAUGAAUAUGAAGAUGAUUCCGAAGGAGAUGAUGAAUAUGAAGAUGAUGGUCCCGAGGCAGGCGAAGAGCGCGCUAGGCGACCCAAGAAACAGACACGGAAAAAAAUAAUGAAAAAAACUAUAUUUGAUAUAUUUGAGCCAAGCGAAUUAAAACGGGGCCAUUUUACCGAUAUGGACAAUGAAAUUCGUAAAACUGACAUUCCUGAACGAAUGCAAUUACGAGACGUUCCUGUUACGCCAACUUCAGAAGGAACUAAUGAACUUGAAGAAGAAGCUGAAUGGAUCUAUAAACAAGCCUUCAAUAAAUCACCGGUAUCUAACCAGGAAUCAUAUACCCGUAAACCGGAAUCAACAAUACCCAAAAUUAAACAAGCUUUGGAUUUCUUACGAAAUCAAAAUUUGGAAGUACCUUUUAUUGCUUUCUAUCGAAAAGAAUACGUCCAGCCGGAGCUUAACAUAAACGACCUUUGGAAGGUUUAUAAGUUCGAUGCUAAGUGGUGUCAGCUAUCUGCACGGAAGAAUAACUUACUUAAACUUUUUGAAAACAUGAGAAAUUAUCAAUUGGACACUUUAAUGGAAAAGCCCGAUGCUCCUAUUCCGGAAGACAUGCGUAUCAUCAAGGAUGAUGAUGUAUCUCGGUUGAAAUCGGCUCAAACUCCUGAAGAAUUGAAAGAUGUUCAUAAUCAUUUUUUGUUGUACCAUGCCCAUGAAAUUCCAGCAAUGCAGGAAAAAACACGAAAAAAAGAAUACGAACGAAAACGAUCAGAAAAAAUUGAAGCACGAAAAAAAGCACUUGAAUCCAGUGAAGAUGUAACUGAAGACAUCGAUCUUCAAAAACUUGAUAUCGAAGACAUCGAGCCAUAUAUUGAAGAGAAUAUAAAGUUGAAGAUCGAUGCAGGCCCUUAUGCUAUGUGCAGAAAGGGUGGAUUAUCUGGACUAGCGAAGCGCUUUGGUUUAUCGCCAGAACAAUACGCAGAAAACGUUCGAGACAGCUAUCAACGUCAUGAAGUCGAACAGGAAACGAGUGAGCCAUCCGAAGUUGCAUCGGAAUAUGUGACCAAUCGUUUCAAUAGUGUUGAGGAUGUUUUGUAUGCGGCUAAGUUUAUGGUUGCCCGACAACUUGCAAAAGAACCGUUGCUUCGAAAAUGUGUAAGAGAAAUAUAUUAUGAGCGUGCAAAAUUGUCGGUACGUCCAAGCAAAAAAGGCAUAAAAGAAAUCGACGAAAAUCAUCCUUGUUAUACGAUGAAAUAUAUUAAAGACAAACCUGUGCGCGACUUAACUGGAGAUCAAUUUUUGAAACUACACAUAGCACAAGAAGACAAACUCCUUAUCGUCACUAUAUCGGAACUUUUGGAGGGUUCGUCUAGUUCUUCGGAUUAUUUAGACGAAAUGAAACAGUUGUACCAGAAAGAUGAGUUUUCUAAAAAUGUACAAGAAUGGAACAAAAUUCGUUCGGAAUGUGUUGAACUGGCAUUUCAGAAAAUGAUUUUGCCAGAUAUGAGAAAAGAAUUACAAUCUAUUGUAUUACAAGAAUCUAAAGAUGCCGUAUUGAAAAUUUGUUGUCGGAAGCUUUACAACUGGAUCAAAGUCGGACCAUAUGUGCCAGCGUUUGAAGUUGACGAAGAUGACUAUGAUUUUGACACUUCUCGUGGUAUACGAGUUAUGGGUCUGGCGUUUGUUCCUGAUUACACUCAAUCAGCAUUCGCUGCUAUCACCUCACCCGAUGGAGAAGUAACAGAUUACCUUCGCAUUCCUCAUCUGAUGAAACGGAAGAAUUCGUACAGGCAAGACGAAAGGCAAUUGAAGGAAGCCGAUUUACAGUCAAUUACCGAUUUCAUACGUAACAAAAAACCUCAUGUUAUAGCAGUUGGUGGUGAAUCUCGGGAUGCUUUUAUGAUACAAAAGGAUUUACAAGAUUGUGUCAAAACAUUAGUAGAGGAGGAUCAAUUCCCUGAGAUAGCAGUGGAAAUAGUCGAUAAUGAAUUGGCGAAAAUUUAUUCUAACUCUAACAAAGGUGCAAUCGAUUUUCGUGACUAUCCAAUGUUGUUAAGACAAGCAAUUUCACUUGCAAGGCGUAUGCAGGAUCCUUUGGUAGAAUUUUCUCAGCUAUGCACGGCCGAUGAAGAAAUUUUAUGCCUCCGGUAUCAUAGUCUUCAAGACCAUUUGAAUAAAGAAGAGCUUCUUGAAAACUUAUAUCUAGAGUUCAUUAAUCGCACCAAUGAAGUCGGUGUUGAUGUGAAUUUGACGGUACAAAAUUCGGUAACACUCAAUUUAGUGCAGUUUAUUUGCGGGUUAGGCCCGAGAAAAGGACAAGCACUGAUCAAAGUAUUGAAGCAAACUAACCAACGAUUAGAGAAUAGAACCCAACUUGUCACGGUUUGUCACAUGGGUCCAAAAGUUUUCAUCAAUUGUUCCGGGUUUAUAAAAAUCGAUACAAAUUCUUUAGGAGACAGUACCGAAGCAUACGUUGAAGUCCUCGACGGAUCCCGUGUUCAUCCGGAAACAUACGAAUGGGCUCGGAAGAUGGCAGUUGAUGCUCUAGAAUAUGAUGAUGAAGAUGCAAACCCAGCAGGAGCUUUGGAAGAAAUUUUGGAAUCACCAGAACGUUUGAAAGAUCUUGAUCUCGAUGCUUUUGCCGUUGAAUUAGAGCGACAGGGCUUUGGUAAUAAAAGUAUUACAUUAUAUGAUAUUCGUGCUGAACUUAAUUCGCGGUACAAAGAUCUACGAACACCGUUCAAGUCCUUAACUACGGAAGAGUUAUUCGAUUAUUUAACUAAAGAAACCCCUGAAACGCUGUAUGUUGGAAAACUAUUAUUGGCUACAGUAUCUGGCAUCAGUCAUCGAAAACCGCAAGGUGAUCAAUUGGAUCAAGCCAAUCCUGUGAGAAAUGAUGAAACUGGCUUAUGGCAGUGUCCUUUCUGUAUGCAAAAUGAAUUCCCAGAAUUAUCUGAAGUUUGGAAUCAUUUCGAUGCUGGUGAGUGUCCUGGUCAAGCUACGGGUGUUCGAUUGCGAUUUGAUAAUGGGCUGACUGGAUUUAUACACAUUAAAAAUAUAUCAGAUAAACAUGUUAAAAACCCCGAGGAGCGCGUACAGAUGGGACAAACUAUUCAUGUGCGCAUAACAAAAAUUGAUGUUGAAAAAUUUAAUCUGGAUUGCACUUCAAAAAGUUCAGAUUUAGCUGAUAAAAAUGGGGAAUGGAGACCACGAAAGGAUCAAUUUUAUGAUACAGAAGCCGAAGAUAGGGAUAUAAAAAAAGAAUCUGAUGUCAAAAAGCAACAACAGAGGCAGCAUUAUAUAAAACGUGUUAUUGUUCAUCCAUCAUUUCAUAACAUUUCUUAUAAUGAGGCUUUAAAAUUGUUGAAGGAAUUCGACCAGGGCGAAGUGAUAGUUAGACCUUCAAGUAAAGGCGCUGAUCAUCUCACGGCGUCCUGGAAAGUGGCCAACGAUAUUUAUCAGCAUAUUGAUAUACGCGAAGAAGGCAAGGAAAACGACUUCAGCUUAGGACAAUCACUGUGGAUAGGAAAUGAAGAAUUCGAAGAUCUCGAUGAAAUUAUCGCUAGACAUAUAAAUCCUAUGGCGUCAUACGUGCGUGAUUUACUGAAUUACAAAUAUUUCAAGGACACGCAAGGAGGUUUGAAAGAGAGAGCCGAAGAAAUUUUAAAAGAAGAGAAGAAAAAGAACCCGAAUAAAAUUCAUUAUGUUCUAUCGGUGGCAAAACAUUACCCUGGAAAAUUUCUUCUCUCUUAUUUGCCACGUAAUAAAUUCAAACAUGAAUAUGUCACCAUUACCCCGGAAGGAUAUCGCUUCAGACAGCAAACAUUUGAUUCAGUUAACUCUUUUCUUAAAUGGUUCAAGGAACAUUUCAGGGAUCCGAUUCCGAUGGCGACACCUACAAUUACACCACGUGGCACCUCGAACACGUUCCGAACCCCAUAUUCCGGUUCGCCAAGUAUCAAAAAUGAUGCGUUCCAAAAAAAUUCUCAAACGACAUCGUCACAAAUGUUGAAUUCAUCGUCAUAUUCUGCUAAUAAUACACCCCGAUAUGGAUACACGCCUGGAGACAUAAGUAACGCAAGCAACUACGUUACUACUCCGUAUACACCAAGUGGACAAACUCCAUACAUGACUCCUUAUCAUCAAACUCCACAUUCGUCUCAAACUCCAAGAUAUGGCUCAUAUACACCUUCACAUCAUUCGAAUAGCUCUUUUGUCCAUCCUGGAUCUUCCGCCAUACCAUCUCGUACCAAGCAGAGAUACGAUAAUCACAGCUCUGCUUCACCUUACGAUCCCGGCACAGUGUCGCCAUAUUCAUCUGAAAACAAUUUGAGUCGUUCCAAUACAACGUUACUCGAUGAAGAUGAUUGUUGGGAUGAGGCAACUGAUGCAUGGAGUAAUAAAGUCAAAAGUAGUAACAUUGGGCAAUCUAAGCCGUCUUUCCAUGCCCCUCAAGAUAAACCCCGACGUCAGCACCAGCAUAACCCGCGUCAGCAACAAUUUCGGUUACAAGGAAAAUCAGAGAAACUAACUUCUCGUUCUUACCCUCCAAGAAGUAAUAGUGACCAGAUGCCUAGUCCGCAAUAUAAAAAAUCUUCGAGAAAAUCUCCGACUGCUCAAGUGGUAUCAUCAUUAGGGGAUUCAACUCCUCUUUGGGAUGAGUAAAUCUUACUCAUAACAGUUACUUUCUUUCUAAAGUGUUAAGCAGAUUAACGUUCAUAAUUUAUUUUGAUAACUGAAGCUUAGUUAACACUAGGAAACGGUUGCGAUAUUUAUGUUACUGCUACGAGUUGCGGCUCUCCUAUUUUAUUCGCAAAACCUUAGGACAUGUCCUGACUCGAGUUUGCUUAACGACUUCAAUAAAAUGUUCUAAAAAAAUUUAAA